AUGGAAAUUAUAACAAAAACCGCGCGAUUGCCACCUUUUUCAGCCUGGUAUGAUACCAAGGGUUGCGACCCCUCUACUAGUAGCGCAGCAGAUUCGGACGAGGGUUACAAUUCGUCCGCUCUCGCCACGCCCCCGUGUGACUCUAACGAACCCGUCAACGCACGGGGACCCCCUGGAGUGGCCUCGUCGUGCUUCACCGCCGUUAAUGGGAGUGACGCACGCGGAUUGGAUGAUGAGGAAAGAGGUCGUGUGGAGAACGAGAAAGAGGCGGCGAAAGAAGAGAGCGCGGAAGACGCUGGGGAGAGUGAUGAUGACGGGGAGACGCGGGGAGGGCCUGAAGACAGGAGUGAAAUUAUUCUGGAAGAGGGGCCUGAGGAGUAUCAUGCAUCUGAUCAUGAUGGGGGGCAUGAGAAUGAUGAUGGGGGGCAUGAGAAUGAUGAUGGGGGGCAUGAGAAUGAUGAUGGGGGGCAUGAGAAUGAUGAUGGGGGGCAUGAGAAUGAUGAUGGGGGGCAUGAGAACGAUGAUGGGGGUCAUGAGAAUGAUGAUGGGGGUCAUGAGAAUGAUGAUGGGGGUCAUGAGAAUGAUGAUGGGGGUCAUGAGUCUGAUGAUGGCCGAGGGUAUCGUGAGUCUGAUGAUGGGGGGUAUGAGUUCGGCCCUGAGGAGGAGGAGGCGGAGAGAGCCAUGCUCGAAGAGGCGGAGGAGGCUAGUAUGCAGGAGCGAUUCAUGGCGGAAAAGGGGGUCGCGGAAGGGGCGGAAGGGCAGAACCAGCGGCAGCAGUCGUGGCUGACGAGUGUGGAGUGGUUCGUGUCGUGGCCGCUCAGACGACUCAGCCACCCGUGGCGCAAGCGUGUGCUGUGGGUGUGGGUGCUGGUGGCAGCAGCCAUCCUGUCGCUCGUGUUUCUGGCGGCGUGGCAGCACUUCGCUUCUCAGCUUGGCUCCUGUGGUCACACCCCUCCCUCCUCCCUCCUCCCCCCCUCCCAGCGAGUGCUGUGGGUGUGGGUGCUGGUGGCAGCGGCCAUCCUGUCCCUCGUCUUUUUCACGGCGUGGCAGCAUGCCAAGACGAACGAGAAGCACGACCUGGAGGAGCACUGCGACGAGUGGGCGGCGUUUAUCGGCGCCAAGUUCAACACCACCGUCGCCAACACACGCUCCAUUUCCGACUUCGUCCGCGCUUACUACCUCGAUAAGGCAACUUACCCAACCUCCUUCUCUCCGCCCAUCCGGUUACUCUGCUCCCUUCCCCCCUUCACCCCCCACCGGACCCACCCUGUCACCUUUGCCACACCUUCCCUCCGACCAAUCAGCAUGAAGGAGGACUUUCGUGACUUGGCAAAAUUCCAACGGUUCACUCAGGCUACUCUUGAUAUCGUGGCCUUCACUCUCCUCGUAAACAACUCGUUCAUGCGAGACAGAAUUGAGAAGACCGCCGGGCACUGCUUCUACGGGCCCGGGCCCAAUGGCACUGUGUCCUGCCGCCCGCGUGGCCUGCCCUUGUACGCGCCAGUGCUGGUCUUCAAUGGGCGCAAGGACUUCAACCCACGGUUGAGGCCCAUUGCUGCUGGAUGCUGCUACGACAUGCUGGAAGACCCAGGAGUGGCCGACAUGAUCCACAGGGCCAUCGAUUCAGCCUCCUCCGUCACGUCUCCGCCCUUCAUGCGCGACAACUACCCCUACCACUUCAUCAGCCAAGUCUUCCCAGUCUACGUCAACCUCACCACCUUCGCCCUGCCUCCCUCGCCCUCCCCUCCCUCCAUCGCCAUCCCUCCGCUCGCCACCCCCGGCCCCGGGGUGCUCCCACGGGGGCUCGUCGUCGCGGGGUAUAACUUUGCAAACCUGCGAUCACUCGUGGGGUUUCAGCAGUUGGUGGAGCUGAAGACGAGGGUUUAUCUGGUGGAUGGGACUAGGGGGGGUGCUUGGGAUGGUGCGCGGAAUGAGACUGCACGGAAUGAGGACGGAAGGACUCUUAGAUGGAUGCCUGCGCUAUUAUUUGACCAUGAGGGGGUGGUGGGUGAGGAGGAGAUUGGGGCGUGGAUGGUGGAUGGGAAGGAGCAGGAGAGGGGGAGAGUGCGAACAAUGCUCAUGCACGCCUUUGAGUGCGACUGCCAACACCUGGCUGUGGCGCAGCAUGAGCUGCGCGCUGCCCGAGUGGAAGCCGAGGCGGCGAGCCGCGCCAAGGGAGAUUUUCUCACGACCGUGAGCCACGAGAUCCGCACUCCCAUGAACGGCGUAAUAGGCAUGCUGAACCUGCUGCUGGAGACCCCUCUGGACGGCGCGCAGCACGACUAUGCGGAGACGGCAUGCAGCAGCGGCCGGGCGCUAUGUGCGCUGAUCAACGACAUUCUCGACCUCUCCAAGAUCGAGGCCGAGAAGCUCCGUCUUGAGCGCAUCCCCCUCGAUCUCCGCGCCGAGCUCGACGAUGUGCUCGCGCUUUUCGUGGAGAGCGCGGAUGAGAAGCGAUCGGUGGAGGUUGCCGCGUCUGUGGCUGACGAUGUGCCGGGGAUGCUGCUUGGGGACCCGCUUCGAGUGAAGCAG